UGGGAGUCAGCUGACAGUUGUGGCCAACCAGCGGGUGUAACAUCGCAAGGAGACAGUGAAGGGAGAAAACAGCCUCCCUCUGUCUGUAGUAACCGUAUCAGCCGCGGAGAACCGGACAGUUGUUACCCCCCGGUACCCGGACACGUCCUCCCGCCUCCCGCAGGAUGAGUGUUGGUGCUCCGAGGGCCCUGGCCAGCUCGGGGCAGAAGCCCAUCACGGAGAUCCUCCACCCGCUGUCCGCAGCCGAGGAGCCGCUCUCCGUCACCGUCGGAGGGGACAAGCAGGAAAUGGGGCUGACCAAUGGCACGCCGGUGGAGACGUCGAGUCCCGCCUCCACGUCCUCGCUCUUCAACCGGCUGCAGCUGGACGACGACCUGGAAGCAGAUGUGCGGGACCCCUACGCAGACAGCACGGAAAUGCGUGACCUUUUCGUCACCGUGGACGACCCAAAGAAGCACGUCUCCACCAUGGAGACCUACAUCACCUACAGAGUCUCCACCAAGACAUCACGGGUGGAGUUUGACCUCCCGGAGUACUGUGUGCGGCGGCGAUACCAAGACUUUGAUUGGCUGAGGAUCAAGCUGGAGGACAGCCAGCCCACCCACCUCAUCCCUCCGCUGCCCGAGAAGUUCGUGAUGAAGGGCGUGGUGGAUCGUUUUUCGGAGGAGUUUGUGGAGACGAGGAUGAAGGCUCUGGACAAGUUCCUGAAGAGAGUUGCCGAUCAUCCCGUCCUCUCCUUCAACCCACAUCUAAAUGCUUUCCUGACGGUCAAGGACCUGAACAAGCGUCAGGGUCUCGCCCUGCUGUCCAAGGUGGGCGAGUCGGUGAAGCACGUUGCCGGGGGUUACAAGCUGCGGGCGCGACCGGCAGAGUUCUGCGCCAUGGGAGAAUAUCUGGACACCUUCAACCAGAAACUGGGAACCAUCGACCGCAUCGCUCAGAGGAUCCUCAAAGAGCAGUCAGAGUACCUGACGGAGCUGCGUGAGUAUGGCGGUGUGUACUCCAGCUGGGUGGGGUCUGAGGAGGAGCUGCGGCGCCCCCUGGAGGGUGUGGCCGGCUGCGUGACCACGAGCUGCGGAGCGCUGGAGGACCUCGGGGACAACAUGAGCCUGGACUUCCUGCCUGUGCUCCGAGAGUACGUCCUCUACCUCGAGUCCAUCAAGAAUGUUUUGAGGAAGCGAGACCAGAGCCAGGCGGAGUACGAGGGCCGACUAGAAGCAGCCAUACUGCGCAAACAGGAGGACAGAACGCCAAUGCCGCUGGAGGUGGAGAAGUGCCAGGACAAAGUGGAGUGUUUCAACGCGGACCUGAAGGCCGACUGGGAGCGCUGGCAGAGCAACAAGAGACACGACUUCAAGCAGCUCCUCACCGGCAUGGCCGACAGAAACAUCAACAGCUAUGAAAAGAGCCAGGCAGCGUGGGAGUCGCUCAUCACUCUCCUCCAGGACAAACAGACUGAGGACAAAACGAGCGAGACGAACUGAACCUCGAGUUUCUCUCCGUGUCACACACUCUCCCACGCCAAGGAGAAGAGGAGCCGCCGGGCUGCAGGGAGAAACUGCCGGACCCCGCCCCUGUUCUCCUGGAGGGGGCUUCCACUCUCGCAGAGGUCUGACCUGGGAGUGAGGUAACAAACGGUACAUUCAAGAACAGCUGGGAAAGAGGAAAGACCUACUAUGUACAGACAAUUUCCUUUUUGUUGUUUUAUUGACUUUUUCUACUUAAUAUUUCCAAUUAACAGUCGGUUGCCAAUGCUUACCUGUGUUUAUUUAACUCUUUGUCUCACUGAGGCAUUUUCUGUCUGUUUCCCCAUUUUCACAUUGAGCCAAAUGUGAAGGAUCACUCUUCAGCGUUGCAGAAAUCAGAUUAAAUGGUAAAACAUGUAUACAGAGCGUCCCCAAGAUUUAUUUUUGAUGUCAGGUUGUAAAAGCUUCAACACGGAAACAAGACUUGUGAAAUUCUCUCUCAUCUCUUUAAGUUUUGUCCAUAAAUAACAAUCAACAUCCUUUAUUUAAAUGGCCACAUGUUAUUUUUAUGCAUGUUUCAGCCCAUCAACUCUUUGUUUUUCAAAGGCAUACAUUUUUAUUGUUAAUUGCAGAGACUUAUUACAAUCUGGGGCAUCCAAGAUGUUCUACUCAGCCUUUUGUUUGUUUUACAGGCGGAGAAAAAGCAGGAAGGGUAGCAAGAUGUGUCAAAGAAAGACAAUUUGGGAAAAAAGGCACUGCUUAUUCUUGAAAGGGAAACUAUAGGAAUUAUGAUUAAUCUGUAUCCUUACAUACAUUGACAUGAAGCAAAGCCACAUUUUGUGUGGGUGUCUUAUCUCAUGUUGAACAGAGAAGUCAGAGAAUGGAUUUUGUUGGAGGUCAUUUUGUGUUUUUAAGCACAGACACACAGCAGAUUUGUUGCGAGAGCUGUGCAGCAGCUCCACCUGGUGGUUAAGAAGUGUUUCAUUAUUUUAAAGGUCCCCUAUUAGCAGGGCUGCACAUAACUGGUGCGCAUGCGCACCCCCCGCCAAAAAAGAGCACCGGAUCAUUUGAAAAAAGGCGCAUUUGCAGAGAGAGAGAGAGAGAGAGAGAGAAAAGAGGGAUGAGAGAAAAGAGAGAAGAGAGAAGAGAGAGAAAAAAGAGAGAAGAGAGAGAUAGAAAAGAGAGAGAUAUUUGCAAGUUGCAUAAUAACUGGUAAGAUAGCAGGGUUUCCUAAUUCUCACACAUAGACUUUACUUGGGCGGGCCGCCCAGGUAUAUUAACGGCCGCCAAAGUAUAAUUCGCGAGCUAUUUAGGUUUAAUUGUUUUUAAUCCGUCCACGAGCACGACGGCAUCUGCGAUCCCUCGCUCUACCCCUCGCUAUCGCCUGAAGGGUCUGCUUUAUGCGCUCCGCACAGUAACCCUGCUGCGUGCUCACUAGCGCACCUCCCCCCCCCGCUUCAUAAAGUCAAGUACCCCUCAAAAGGUCCGGUUUAAUUCAUUUUAAGGAUGCACACCAAACAACAUCUCCAGGUGCUCCUUUGAGAACCAGGGCAAAAAAGUGAUGUGCUCCCCUGCCUAUUAGGCUCUUUUUCAUCGAUACAUUAUAGGUCUCAGAUAUAUACAAAACAUAUCUCUGAAGUGUUUGGCUCGAAAUACAAAGCCAUAAACCCCUCUAUUUCAGACCUGUUCAAAAAGUGCUGAUUCUGUGUCUGUAGCUUUAAAUGCAAAUGCCCUGCCGCUGGCCACGCCCCUCUAUGAAGUGAUUGGGUUAAAAAAAGAAAACACUCAAUGUCACUCAGGAUAUUCAGGUGAUAAGGUGUGGGGGGUUACCUUGGUUGGUGAUUGGCUGAUGGUUGCACAACCCAAAAAACAUUUUGACAUCACAAAGUGGCCAAAAUCUGAUCAGCUCAUUUUCAGACAGGUUUUAUAGAUGGUUCAGGACAACAAGUGAGCAAAUCUUUUUUUUCCUGAAACUUUCAGAAUCUCCUUUUUGCAUAAUAGGUUUAAAAGAAAACCGUGUGCUUCUUCUGUUGAUGUCAUAUGUUGGUUUUGUCAUGGCCAUUUAUCUUCAUAAAUUCAUGCUGUGAAGAUUUCUCCAGACUCGGUUGAGGAUACUAAAUGGCACAACAGGCAGACCUAUCCAAUGAAAAGCACAAAGAGGGUAAAGGUGUAUUCUAUUCAAACCAAGGAAUACUAAUGGGGGUCAACUUUUUUGUAAAACUUUUUAAAUGAAAUAUAAUUUUCUCAGAACCACCUGCCACAGAGACUCGUUUAGAGAACGUUUUGCAUUGGGAACAUGAUGGGGCUGGAGAGUGACGUAACACAUGUCUGGAAAUGAUCAGAAAUAACCGUUUGGAGGAGAGUUUGAGACUGUCGAGUCUGUUCAAGUUUCCAUUGGUGAAUUUCUCAAAACUGCUGACACUUCUGGCAUUCAGAGGAACCAGCAGCACUGAGGCUUCUGGUCAAUCUGUGUCAUAUUAACACCAGAGGGAAAGAUCAAGCAGCACUCAGAGGAGUUUGGGAAAUCAGAGCCAGACAUUGCAAAAACUGCUUCCUCUGCUUUAAAAACUGUAAUGUGGAAAUGAUGUGCUCUUUGGUUCUGAUUGUGAAGAGUGGCUCAGCUCUGACUCACGGGAAACAUUUAGUCUUUUUCAGAUUCAGCAGCGUCACGCUUUGUCUUUUCUCCAAAUGUUGCUGAUGCCUUAAAAUCCACUCUGAGAUGUUCUGUAAUACGUCAACGUCUAACAUUAUUUGCUGAACCAGCUUGACUUAGUCAUGAUCGUUUAUCGCUUCUCCUGAAAUUGUUGAUCAUUUAAAUGUCCUUAUUUUUCUCUGUCCCCUUUGCUUUACUGCUAGUUCAUUACCCUCAACAUAAAGUAGUGAAAAAAUCCCACCAAUGAGGACCAGGCAUCUUCCAAAAACCAUUUACAAACACGCCGAUUUGAACUUUUUUCCAUUUAAUUGCACUACAAAAAGUGUAUUUUCCCAACACAUGUCAUUAUUUAUUCUGUUUUAUAAAGAGAUUCUUUAGCGUAAUAUCAUUUAUUUCAGACUUUAGGUGUUGAUUUGAAUUUCUGUUCCUGUGUUUUUAUAUAUUUGAAAUGUCUUUCAGUCAGAUCCUCUUUUAAAGGCUGAUGUCACAUUACUGUCGUCAGUGCAGCAGAGUGUGAGUUCUCUAAGAGGAGAGGAAGUAACUGGUUUCACUACUCGAUCAGUUCUCUUUUUAUUUGUUCGUUAUGUUUUCCCCUCAAUCUUUAAAAAGCAUUGACCAGAUACUGUUUCCAAUUUGACAUCAUCAGGCAGCAAGAUGGGGAGAAGGUCUACGGAUGUGCCAAAUGUCUAUUUGUUUCCUUAUAUUGAAAUCCAUGGCAAAGAAGUGUUCAUAAAAAGAGCCUCUGUCACUAGACUGUAAAAGAAGACCACCAUUUUUAUCAGCAAACCACUGCUUUAAAGGAGCAUUUCCAUGUUAAUUUAAGGUUUAUGUUCCUUUUCUACAUUUGCAAUCCUUGUUGGGUUGAUUGUCACAUCUUAUAUGGACAUCCACCACAAUUUAAGAUAUUUAAAAUGAUUAAUCCAGCAGAGUAAGUCAUUGUUGUUUGAUUAGUGACUGCUAGAAUUCAGGAAGGACAGUGCAUCCCUAUCAGGCACAGUUUAGAGUUUUGACUACUAUGAAGCAAUUUGUGUUUGUAUCACAAGAAACACAGUGUUUUGGUCAGAAGAAAUAAAAGUGAUCUUAGAUUUGAACACUUGGAACCUUUUGUUUUGAUUGUUUUAUCAAAUGAUGGCAUCGGUGCUUUAUGACUCUCCUGCUGUCUGGUGUAGAUGAAGUGACCGAGCAGGAACACUUUUGGGAUCAUUCAGACUGGAUUUUAUAAUUUUUUUGCUCUUAUCGCAAUAUACUGUAUAAAGAUAAUAAUAUACCCCAAUGUUAAGGUGAAUUAUUUGGUACAGCUGAGUCUAUUUUUGUAUAAAAGAAGCAGGUGAUCGUUGUUGGGUUUUUAAUGAGCAUAUGAAUAACAAGGGAUUAUUGGAGAUUUGUACAUUUUGCAUAACUGGAAUAUAAAGAAGAGGCUUUUUUUAUUUAUUUUGAUGCUCAUUGGAACCCCAACGAUAGUAAUCUGAUCCAUGAUGUUAAUCUGAUAACCUGUUCUUACUCAUAGUCAUUGUAAAUGUCCCAUCUUAUACUGUGUGCCUGCUGAACCUUUGCACUAUAUAUGUUGUUCCAACCCAUGACGGAUAUGUCUGCUAAAAACACAUUUAAGCAAAAAACGAAAUUAUUUUUCAUUCACUUGCCAAAAAAAGAAAAUGCAUACUCAGCUAGGUUUUAGGGACGAUGAUAGCUGACACAUCCUGUGAAGAGUGGGGAGACACCAUUUUGGUUUUUCUUUCAUUUAUAAUCCAAUGUUUCCAAGCCAAAUGUCCCUGUUUUUUCAUCCUGUUUUCGAACCACACAUGAAUGGAAAACCUGAUCCAUCUCACCUGUUGAAAAUCAGCGUCUUAUGAACGUGUGGAUCUAUCUUUGGUUUCCUCCCGAGUGUGUACUGUUUACGUUCAGCCCUGCAUUUGAAUGUUAAUAAUAUCCUGUUGUACUUAUGAAUAAGCUUGUAUAUUGAUGUCGUUUUGAUGCAAUUUAUCUUUACCUCAAAUGAUUGUUUUGGAUAUAUUGGACCAACAAUAAAAAGAAAGAAUGCGUUUGAUACUC